AGAACACACACACACUCACACACGAGCUGCCGAGUACAUGCACGGUGGUAUUCACCGCGGCUACUACUUCUUUCCCUUCUUGAUCCGUUCCACUACCGCUAUUAUGUCUACCGCAAAGGAGCCAUUCUUUCGCUGCAUCGAGAGCACGCUACGGGCUGCCCUCUGCAUCCUGCACUACCCCUCCACAUGUACAGAUGGCGAAGCGGUGCCGGAGGUGGAGCUCGAUGACGCGCUGCUCGGCGGUAACUCUCCUCCGCUCAUCUCCUCCGCGCAGGCCACAUCCAGUCUACGCGGCAAUCCACUACGCUUGCGGUGGACGCAGGGCGAUGAGUGCUUCAUCGAAACCGCCCACAACAGCACUCGCGUGUCACUUUGGUUUGCCGCCGCGCACCAGCCGGGCGACCUGCUGACAGGGCAGCUGCUUCAACAGUAUAUCUCCUUCUUCUGCACGCACGGCACUGCCGCUGCGCCGCUGUCGAUGCUGCGACGUGAGCCGGUGCGAUCGAAGGCGACUGCCGCAGCCGACAAGGAUGCGCAUCCGUACGACGUGUCGUUUCUCGUGCUGCCGGAGCACGUGGAGUCCCACGGGCGAGAGGCGCUGGUGAGCUUCAUCGUGACGUUUGUGCGGGGUGUGGAGGCCGACGUGGCCGGACUGAAGGUGUCGCUGAACGCGCGACGACGCGCCGCGGCGCAGGCGUUUUUCGCACCACGUCCACCGCGCUCGCAUCUUCAAUAG